AUGGGGCAAUACAGUGAUACUGUAACUCGUGCUCAAGCCUUGACCCUUAAAGCCGUGGGCUUGACAAAUACCCAAAUCCAGCAAGUUACCGGCAUCCCUCCACGGACUUUGAACGAUAUUCUCGACCGCGCAAUCAAGGCUGGAUACGAGCCUAUAACUUCUGACGGUGCUCUUGGCCGACUUGAUAGCUCCCACGUUGCUAACGCACCAAAGUCCGGCCGCCCUAGUAAACAAGAAGCAAUUCAGGAA